AGCCCGCAGAGCUGAAACCUACCUGACAAUCUGCCUGCCUUUGAAUCCAGCUCUGGAACCAAAUGCAUCAUUAUACUGCUCUUAAAAGUGCAUAGAGUUUGAUUACCUCAAGCUCCAAGCUGCUUUGCUCCAUAAGAAGAACCCCAAAGGACCCAGGCAUCAUUGUUUUCCAGUCUACCUGAGGAGCUUUUGCUUUCUUGACCGAAACUUGAUCGUGGGAGGGAGUUUUUUGGUUUGUUUGUUUUUAAUUAGGAGAUUGAAAAGUUUCUUAUUAAUGUUUUAAAUGGAACCCAAUUUUUAAAUAUGGGUUGAGUCAGAUCUAAAGGAGACAUGCCUGACCAUUUCCUGCAGGACUAACCGAGGGAACAACUAGAGGAAAACUUCAGAGAAGAAAAUGAAAUCUGAUUUGCAACUAAAAGCCAUUCUUUGUUUGGGGGAAAUUGUACAGACUCAUUGAAAAGGGAAAUUAAAUACUGACCAAGGACAAUGUCUGUAUUUCUCAGUAACUUGCCAACAAAUGACUCUAACCUGUGGAAGGAAAAUCAUAAUUCUACGGAACUUUCGAAUCCGCCAAGAACUCUGAAUAUCUUUCUUUUUUGCCUGACAUGUUUAAUGACUCUUGCUGCUCUGGCGGGCAGCAUUUUUUCACUAUUUUCCCUGCUAAAAAUGCAGAACCGAACAGUUGUGUCCAUGCUUGUAGCCUCCUGGUCUGGAGAUGAUCUCAUGAGCGUCCUGUCGGUGACAAUCUUCAUGUUCCUGCAGUGGCCAAAUGAAGUCCCCGGCUACUUCCAGUCUCUGUGCACCACUUCUGCCUUGCUGUAUUUAUGUCAGGGCCUCUCGAGCAACUUGAAGGCGGCCCUCCUGGUCUCAUACAACUUUUACACGAUGCACAAGACUGUGCGGGGCGAGGCAGCCUCCAGAAGAUCUGGCCAGGUGCUUGGCGUGGCGCUGACCGUGUGGGCAGCCAGUCUGCUUCUCUCUGCCCUCCCGCUGUGCGGCUGGGGCGCCUUUGUGCGCACGCCCUGGGGUUGUCUGGCCGACUGCUCCAGCUCCUACGUGCUGCUCCUCUUUGCGGUAUACACUUCGGCUUUUGGACUCCUCGUGGGCCUCUCGGUGCCUCUCACUCACCAGUUGCUGUGUUCGGAGGAGCCGCCGAGAUGCCACGCCAACUACCAGGAAAUUUCCCGCGGAGCUUCCACUCCCGGAACCCCUCCAACCAGGGGCAGAGUGACUUCCCUGUCCCCAAAGGAUGCCCCUGGCCCGACCCUGCGGUGUUUGAGAGGAUGCUCCCCGAGCUCGGACACUGCGUUCGGACCGGAUCCGCCAGCGAGGGAAGGGCCUGGGCGGGGACUGAGGCGCGGCGCUGCCCCUGCGGCUGGGGCUGGGACCUGCAGGCGUGAGAACCCGGGCACUCUCUACGGCACGAGGAGCUUCACCAGGAGCAUAGCGCAAAAGCGCUUCUCUUUGAUCCUUGCGCUCACAAAAGUCACCCUCUGGCUGCCCAUGAUGAUCCGCAUGGUGGCCCAGCACGUGGUGGGAUUUCAGAGCCUUCCCUUCGAGACACUCAGCUUUCUACUAACCCUGCUGGCCUCCACUGUUACCCCAGUGUUUGUCUUGUCCAAACGCUGGACCCACCUACCCUGUGGCUGCAUCAUCAACUGCAGGCAGAACUCAUACGCAGUGGCAUCCGAUGAGAAAAAAACCAAGAGAAGAGGCUUUGAAUUCAAUCUGUCAUUCCAACGAAGUUAUGGAAUUUAUAAAAUAGCACAUGAAGAUUACUAUGAUGAUGAUGAAAAUUCUGUAUCUUAUAACAACCUAGUGAACUAUGACUGUGAAACUACAAAAGACUCUCAGAGAGACACCCACAAUUUCCUCAAUGCCAUUAAAGUGGAAAUCAGCACCACACCCUCUCUGGACAGCUCCACACUGAAAGGCAUUAACAGAUGCACCAAUGCUGAUAUUUCAGAGGCUAAACAGGAUUCUGACAAGGACAAGAGCAUUCACCCACUGUGUUCUGACAAAACAGCAGGGGACAUUAGCUGUGAAGACACUACCUUUUUGGAAGGACCAGAAAGAAGACUUUCUCAUGAGGAGAAUCAGAAACAAGAUCUUUCAGACUGGGAGUGGUGUAGGAGCAAAUCAGAAAGAACUCCUCGUCAGCGCUCUGGUGGUGCCCUUGCCAUUCCUUUGUGUGCGUUCCAGGGGACGGUGUCUCUCCAUGCUCCCACGGGGAAAACCCUCUCUCUUUCUACCUAUGAGGUAAGCGCAGAAGGGCAAAAAAUAACCCCAGCAUCUAAGAAAAUAGAAGUCUAUCGAUCCAAAAGUGUUGGCCAUGAACCGAACCCAGAGGACUCUCCCCCAACCUUUGCGGACACCAGUGUGAAAAUACACCUGGAGGUUCUUGAAAUCUGUGACAAUGAAGAGGCCUUGGACACUGUGUCGAUCAUUAGCAACAUCAGCCAGUCCUCCACACAAGUCAGAUCUCCAUCCCUACGCUAUUCACGGAAAGAAAACAGAUUCGUUUCCUGUGAUUUAGGGGAAACAGCCUCAUUCUCCCUCUUUUUACCCACGAGUAAUCCUGAUGGUGAUAUCAACAUCUCCAUUCCGGACACCGUUGAAGCACACAGGCAGAACAGCAAAAGGCAACAUCAGGAGAAGGAUGGCUACCAGGAGGAAAUUCAGUUACUAAAUAAAGCUUACAGGAAAAGAGAGGAAGAAAGCAAGGGCAAUUAGUAAUCAUUUGGUCUAAUAAAAGCAAGAAUGGCUCUGCAACUUCAAACUGCUAAACUAACACCUUUCUUCUGAGGCAAUUUGAUUUCCUUUUUUAUUUAGCGGUUUACAUAAGCGUUGCAGAUUUACUAGUUAAUUCUUUUUCAUGCCAACAGGUAGAAAAGAACUAGGGCAAACACUCAUGCAUUUGAUGUGUUACUUAUAGAUCACACACUGUGGUAAUUAAAAGAUUUUGUUUCUUAUUGAAUUUCUGAAAAUCUUUUCUAAAUCAAAUCUUGGCUUAGUUUACCAAUGGUUUUAUUUGUCAACCUCAGAAUAAAUUAAAAGUUUAUAAACUCAGUGAAUAUACCAUUCCCAGGCACACAUCAUAUAAUGUUGGCUGUUUCUAUAGGGGAAAAGGGUGUUUGGGGAAUGGGAGAAAAGUAGCAAGAUUCUUAAGUUUUAUUUGCCUAAAUGGCUAGUAAAACAAGCUCAUUACAGUCACUGCUUUAGCUUUACUUUAGCUUUACACCGAUGUCUAAGAAAUACAUUCUUGUUUGUAAAUGGCAAAUUAACUUCCAACUUGGAAACAAGCAUGUCUGUAAAUAAUUGUUUCUUUCAUUUUAUGAAAUACUAAUUGUUUACUUUUUCCUUUUCUCUUAGAUAUUACAAUGUUUUCCUUUAGUCUUUGCAGUGUGUCAAGAUUAGCUCUUAAAUAUAUUGUGUUUCAUGGGUAGAAUUAAAGUAGUCUUUAACUCACAUUUUUGGAAAAGGUUGUAAAUGUACAUUUCAUCAUUUGUAGAAUUGCUUUGUUUACUUGAAUAGGACUUUCAGGGAAACAUGGCAAAAUUAAGUACUGAGAAGUACACCCAACUAGAACAAACUUCUGGGUAAAGCAGAGGACAAUUCUAAAUCUAAAACUGAAGUAUCUGCUGCUAAAGCUGCAGAUUUGGCAAACAUUCUUAGCCAUUCUUUAAGCAUAGAAUAUUUUAGUUCAAAUAUUGUUUCAAAUUUAGGUACUUUUAAGAGUUUCUUCCUAGGAGACAUGCAUAUCUCAAGCACAGAAAAAAUUCACAGCAUUUAAAUGAUUGUAAGGUGUACCAUUCAAGAUUAAUUUCUAACUGAUGAGAUUGUAUAAAUGCAAGGAUCACCUUGUUAGAGUAUUAGUAAUGUAUAUUUCAAAAAUUAUGAAGUGAUUUUUAACUUAAUUCAUUCCACACUUUCUUGAAAUAUAUAUUAAAUGUAUUAUUAAAUGUUUAAUUCUUUUCCUGAAGUUAUUGAGUCAAUAUUCUACAUGGUCCUAAACCUUGAGCAUCCCCACCUCACUCACAUAUCUUAUUUAUUCAUUUACAGAUUAAGUGAAUUAUUUUUUAGAACAAUUAAUUUUGUUUCCUAUUUCAUUAUAUUGAAUCAGAAUUCUAAAUUAUUUGACAAGGGCUUUCAGAGAGUUUCAUCUUUAAAGGGUGUUUCAAAAUGAUUUUUAAAAUAAUUAUCUCAAUGAACUUUCCCCAUCUCAUAUUUAACGUUUUGAUCUCUCAUUAUCUAAAUUUAGGAAGCAAAUGUAAUGCCAUCAGUAAUGUUUAAAGCAAGCUGCAAAUAAUAACAUAUAAAUUCAAA